UUUGGUGGCCUUCACAAUCGACCAUGACUUUGAUUUGAUCUUGACCUGUCAAGAGGAUGGUAGAGUUUGGACAGUCAAAUAACAGUUAAUAUGUAUUUAUAAUGUAUAAGUAAAGGCUGAUGGAUAAGGGGAGAAGAACACCUAAAAUGAGCUGAAUGGAUUGUGUAACGGAAUUUAUAUGAGUGUAUGAGGAGAGAGUAUAGAAAAUUGUGGAGGGAAAAGAUAUUCCGGACCAACCUCAGAUAAUGGGAAAAGAUGGGUGAUUCCGCAAAGGCUGAAUGCCAUGACGUUCGUGGGUCGAGAUGUGUUUGCGGUUGCGCAUGAUGUUUACAUCACUUUCUUCAACUUUAAGCAAAGCACUGAGGUAGUUUACGUUGCGAAUAAUGAAGACUGUGGCGAUGGAGUCGAUGUUAUAGCCGGUCACAAGACGAGUGUGUUUGCAUUUGCCGAGAAAGUGAGAUAUCCGAGGAUAUUAGUUAUGAAUUAUCCAUCUUUUCACAUUAUCGCUGAACUUAAAGAUCCAGAUAUAAUCAGAUAUAAGGGCCUGUGCAUGAUGGACUGCGACCUGGUGGUAGGGUUCAGUGGAUUCCCAAAGUACGCGCUGACAGUGUGGAGCUGGCGCACGACGCAACGCCUUCUCUACGUCCCCACCGGCAUCAUCCGCCGCAGCCAGAUCUACAUGUCAAGUAGAACCCACAUGUUGCUGUGUCAGUGUUACGGCGAAGGUCUCAUCGUGUGGGAGGUGGCUCAGUGCUUCAAGACGUGCCUGAUCAUGAAGAGGGAGAAGAAGGAGGUCACUGGCUGGGAGGUCUCCGAUCCCCCAUUCGUUGGGACUUGUUGGAGCGCCGAGGGUCAACUGUAUGCUAUCGACCCUAACUCUAAUUUGUAUGCAAUCUUAUCAGACGGUAUCGGCAUGGUGUCAAGUCUGGAGUGGAACAGUGAACUGAAAGGCACAUUCAAACCUUCUAUAUGCUCAUUUGGCAACGGUGUCCUUAUUUACGGCCCUGACAAUUGUUUACGGUCUCUGAAGAAAGACGAGCGCACCUGGAAGGUUGUGUGGGAUUUCACUCCUAAUGAUGAAGUGGUGCGGCUAUUGUCCAACUCCUUCUCAGACGUGGCCGCCAUGUGGACCCUCAACGGGUGCGUGUACAAGAUCUCCGGGGAGUCUGAGGAGAAGCUGAAGGUCAAGUUUUUCGCCUUUAAGCAAAGAAACAUCAAGAAGAUCCAACUAAUUGCACCAGAUUUCACUCACAUAGCGACGAUAAACGACACAGGGAUAAUUUGCAUUUAUGAGACUCUGUCAGCUAAACUGAUUGCGAUGCAAUACGUCCACGCAGAAGAUGUGAGUUUCCAAGCGAGCCCAACAGAACCACUGCUAGCAGUCUUUGGAGAAGUCAGAAUGAACUAUGGCUUGGCUAUCCUGAAGUUUUCAGCUGAAGAUGGUACCUUGACCAAGGUCGCCAACGUAUGUCUCACGCAUCAGAUCGUAUCGCAAGUCACGUUUUCCCCGACUGGCAGGGAAUUCAUGGCUGCCGCUAUGUCGGCGGGACAUAUAUUUAUCUACAAGCUAACAGAAAAUUACAAGCUGAAUCUAGUCCGGUACGCGGAGCUGGGCCGCGGAUUGGCGGACUGCUUCCUGAUGAAGGUUGGCGACACCAUGCGAUCUUUCAGCCUCGUGUUGUUCUCAGACAAAUACGCGAUCGGUGAGCGCAUAAUCUGCAUCGACGCAGACACCGGUAAAGACAACAAAUUCGCUGGCAAGAUGCAGGGGCCGUACGCUCGGCUGCUGCCGCUCAGCACCAAGGACACCAUGCUGGCCAUCCCGCACUUAUCCAAGCAGUACCAUGUGCUCAGACUGGCUGGAGACAAAGGCAUCACAGUGUCCGUGAAGAUGGGCCCUAUCAUAGACACCGGGCACAGCAUUAAGUAUUUCAACGGCUAUUUCAACCAGUCCGCCUUCCUGACAUUUGCCUAUGACGGAACUGUCAUACUGCGAACGCCUGAUGCGCCUGUAGAAUAUGACCUGAAGCUAGUGGUGAGCCAUCGCUACGAGUCCGGCAUCCAGCACGCGGCCGUUAACACAGACCUGACUUACGUGGCGAGCAUGAACGGGAACCACACCGUGGCCAUCACCUACCUGUACGGCGGGAGCCACGAGCUGGCGACCGACGCUGUGCAUACGACGCCUAACAUGAAGCUGUUCGAUCGCAGCCAGAAUAUUGUUAAUAUCAUCGGGGUGAAGGAUAAGAACUACCUCGAUUUACAAGAAGACAAGAAGGUUCAUGAAGAAACAAUAGACUACCAGAAACAACGGCAGGAGCUCGUCCGCAGCUUCGAAUCCGUGCAGGAGAGGGUGGUCGCCCUUCUGGAGGAGAACCUCCAGGUGCGACCGCUGCAUCAGCUGUCCUUGUCGGAGUUCAACUUACAUUUGGAGAGGAAAAAGGAAAGGAUCAAGGAGGCUGAACGCGAGCGAGAAGAGAUCCGCUUGAGCACAGAAGCGCUGAUCCGCGCCCAGGACAAGGUGACCGCGUGGAUCAAAAAGACUUGCUGGGAUACCAUGCUCACACCGAGAGUCAAACUCUUCGCCAUUUUCUCUCAUUACCAGGUAGAAAACUAUGCAGUGUUGCCAACACAACGCGAUCGCUGGCCCGAGCUGCAGCAGGGCGAGGCCAUGAGAGACGUCGAGAUGGAGAACGAUGAAGAUCUGUUCAAGCCCUGGGAAGAAGUCACACGGGCCAGCCUAGACGCCACGAAAACAACGUCACAUAUGGCCAGGAUGUCGGUGACAUCAACGACCUCACAGAAGUCGAAUCUAAAAGAGGUUCGGCCGUCGACGAUGAGUUUCCAUAGUCAGGGACAGAUAGCAGACAAAGCAGAGGAUGAAGAGGAAAUGGUCGCCAACCCUUACGUGCUCAGUGGUACUGGGGCCCAUAACUAUAUCAACAUCCCAACGUAUAUGAUCCCGCAGCUGCUGUCCUACAGUUUCUUGCAUAUGCAUUUUCUUCAGCAGUUUGUUAAGCUAAACGUCCAGAACAUGAGGCUGUGGUUCAACAAGCAGUUCGAUGAACUCAUGAGCCUGAAGAAGCGUGAAGUUGCCCUGGUGGAGGAACGCAAUGCCAGGCUGCGGUUUAUAGUCGAAGAGCUGAACAAAUUAUCGGAUUUGCGGGGCAGCUUCCACCAUCUGGUACAGGACAUCCGCGAUCCCCAAUGGCGGCAAGAGGAGCAACCCGAGAAACUUAUCAAAGUGGAGCCUGAAGAGUGCAGUAUCGAACCCUAUAUCAGCCCGAGUCAAGUGGUGAUUCCGCCCCCGGAGCCUAAACCCAAGGAUGAUUUCAAGGAACGCGCCCUCAUUGAGAUGAUGGAUGGGGUUUUGGAGAAGCUAUGGCACGAGGAGAUCAAGAAACCGGUUCCGAUGCCGCAGUGUAUGCUGGAGAAAGACCCAGAGCAUUUCAAUGAAGACGACCUCCGUUUCGUAUUCGAUUACGAGGCGAAGGUGGCCUUCCGCAAUGAAGAGCGCGACAAGUACCGCAAGAUGCUGCAUGCGGAGUAUGCUAAGUUAUCCCAGGUGCUCAAUGAAGGUGUCGUCAAGUUUAAUCAGAGGGUGAAAGAAACGUGGCUUAUGAAAUUAGCAGUAGACUCGGUAAUUGGUCAAGAAAAUUUGAACUUGAUGCGUCUGCGCCGCACUAAUCUUGACCGCGUCGAAGAUGAUGAGAAACUCGACGAGAUGCGAGGGCUAAUAAAACUAUUGGAAAGCGAAGUGGAGACCCUAUCACAAGAGCAAGUGAUCAUCAACGAGCAGGCGGACGACUGUAACGCCGCGUACGAGGCGCUCGCACAGAAGGACAAGCUGAUGGAGAGGACCUUCAAGAAUCACUUCGCUGAUCUCUCGCCCAUCAUCGUCGAUCAGUGCUUCAAGUUCUACAAGAAGCGGCCCAAAUGGCACCAGCGCGUGACGAUGACGCCGCUGGUGCUGUACGAGCUGGCCACGGCGGUGCUGACCGGGGUGCGGCCUCAGAUGCUGCACGUCGAUUGCGUCGACUACUUCAAAGGAGUGGAGCAACUGGAUCUGAUAAGCAACAUGCCGCCAGUGAUGGACGAGCCGCUCUGGAUCUCCAUGUGUAAGCUGCGGCGCACCAAGAUCGAAAAUGAAAUUCGCAUGCGCGCCAUAGUCCAAGAGCUGGCGUACGUGGAGAGCGCGGGGAGCGGGUGGCAGGCCGCGGUGCAGGCGCGGCGCCAGCUGCUGGCGGAGACGCACGCCAACAUCGCGCAGCACCGCGACCACGUGGAGUUCAUGGCCAGGAACCGCAGUGUGCAGCUGGUGCUGCCAGCCGGACAAGUGGAAAUCGUUACGACAGGACACAUGUCGGACUUCGACGAUGCCACGCUUAUCCUCAAGGAAGACAUCGAAGCGAUCAACAAUCUCAUUCUGAAAGUGGGCGAGAUGAAGUUGCGCAUGAUGCGCAAACAGAUGGAGUUCCGCAAGGGCAUCCUCAGCAAGGAGUGGGAGCACGCGCAGAUGAAGAUGAAGCUGCGGCACAUGGACCAGGAGCUGUACUCCUACAGGCGGCUCAAGAUUCCUAAAGAGCUGCAAUAUUAUUUGAGAAACAAAGCGAAAGGCUACACCGACGAGAUGGACUUCUUGCGCAUGGAGAAAGAGAUGGAAGCUACCAAACUGUCCAUCAACAAGGUGCUGACUGACCAGAUACAGAGGGUCGAGGAGUUGCAGGUGAAAGUAGCGGCGGUGGAGACUCUUCAGGCUCAGCUGGAGAAGGUGAUCGCCAGCCUCAAUGUAAAGGUUUCCGAGAAACGACUCAACGAGGACCCGUUGGACCCCAUACGCAAGAGGCGGAUUAUUAAAAGCAGAAUGGAGAUACUGGUCCAGCGCAGCGCUCUGAUCCGCGAGGUGCAGGCCAACCACACCACCAUUGUGUUGUUACAGACCGAACUGGAGCUGCUGAGACUGAAGACUUACCCCACUUUAGCUAGCUUCCGCACUCUAACAUAAAUUACCAGCUUCCGUACUCUGACAUAGGCUACCAAUGGUGUGAGCGGGUUUGCUAGAAGUUCUCGAAAAAGUUUUGUAACGCCAUCUGUGGAAAUAUUCUCGCAUUUCUAAAAAUAGUUAGGAGCACCUAAUUAUCUAGUCAUUUUUGCUCACUCGUCUCAAUGGUGGGACCACAGAUAAUAGACAUAUUUGUUAAUGAAGAUAUAUUUUUGCAAAUUGUAAUUUUAGACUAAUAUGACGAUUUACUUCGUAAUAAGAAAUAACAUUAGUUUAAAGCUUACCGGGUUACAUAGUUAAAUUGUACUUUGUC